ACCCUUAACAUUACCGUAAUAAAUUUGGUUUCCACUAUGGAUGAAGAUUCAGGAGUAAAAAAAUUUAAGGUUGAAGAUAAUUCAUCACUAAGGAAUAAAAAAUUUAAAAAAGUUGAAACUUCUAAUAUAAAUCAUGAUGUCAACGAAUCUAAAUUUCAAAAAAAUAAAAGCAAUUCGGAGAAAGCAAGGAAGCAUCAGCAAAGGCUUAUUAAUUUUAUUAAUGAGGGAGUUGGUUUGAGUUCAGAAGAAUCUGGUAAAGAUUCUCGUAGACGUACCCCAAUGACUAUGCCACGCACAAAAAUUACUGCAGCUACUCCACUAGAACAAAGAGAAGCUCUUGUAAAGCUUAAGCAGAAGUUAUUUAAUGAUGAUGACAAAAAGCAAAACGUUCAACAAAACCGAGAUCAAAGAGAAAAUAUUUCUACCACAUUUAAUAACUACAUAGAUGUUAUGAGUAUGUCAAGCGUAGCUGCUUCUGAUGCUGCACCAAGUGAAAAUUCUGAUUUAAAUAUCAACAGAGUAAAUGAGCGCUUAAACCAAGUUCGUGAAUAUCUAUCACAAGCAACAUCUAUGUAUGUUUCUUUAUGUAUUGCUGGCACUGAUGAGCCACAAAGAAACCAACAGACAAGUAAAUUAGCUAAAUUAAUACAACAAUUAAGAAUUCAAGAAAAAGGAUACAUUGAUUUAAUUCAAAAAGCAGAGCAAGCUUUAAGUGAACAAGAAGAUGGCAUGUCUGGAACCACAGUGGAAAAUGAAAGAGACUGUAAUGAUCAACAAGAAGAGCUUCAAAGGCUAAAAGAGCAGCAGUUGUUGUUGAAGAAAAUUGUGGAACAACAAAAAGAACUGGAAAAGUUAAAAGAAAGGCAGUCAACUCUUUUGCUAAUGCAAGAAAAUGCUGAACUGGCUGUUAAAGCAUCAAGAAAGAAAAAUGUGAUGAAUAAUCAGAGAGCUUCAAAUGAAUCAAUAAAAAAGCAGAAUCAAAUUCAAGUAAUUCGCAACCAAUCAGAAGACAAUCUAAAUGGAUUCAAUGCAGAAAGCAUGCAAGUUGAGGCAGAACAGAAAAUGAUGGAAUGGGAAAAAAAACUGUUUACCUUACAAGAGAAAAAAAAACAAAUGGAUCAGCUUUUAAAUACUUUUAAAAGUCUCAAAAACUCUCAAGAAGUUGAAACAAAUAUGCUAAAUAUUUUGGAUGAUGAAGCACAGGAACAACUAAGCAAUGACUAUAAAAGUGAUCCAGAGGACAUUGAGUCAAAAGUGCAACGUUUGAAUGAUGUUCGUGAGCGAAUGAAUGAACUGAAAGAGCUUAUUACUGGAUAUGAGGGAGCAAAGGGUAUUAAUUCUCCAAUUAAGACUCAAGCUGAUAGGGACAAUCGUCUUCUUGCUAAAACAAUGCAAAAUAAUGGUGGGGCUAGGAUGCGGAUUCAAAAUAAUCAAGAUGUUAACAAUCGACCAGUUCCGAAUCUGAAUUUACAAAAUGAUAUACUGCCACGACCUAGUACUAAUACAAAAAUGUUACCAACACCUAAUUCAAAUUCAAAAAAUCAAGAAAAGAAAGUAAAUGUCACUAACCAAGCAUCUAUGUAUCUUAAUCAACAAUCCAAUUCAAAAAAAGAUAAUUUAAAAGUUGAAAAUAAAGUUUUUCAAAAAACAGAAAGUUCUGAUAUUGAAAAUAAUUUCAAGUGGCAAGAUGAUCCAGAGUUUUUAGCAAAAGUCAGGAAACUAAAAUCAGCAAAGCAAAAGCUGUACAACCUUCAACAGUUGGUCAAAGAUGUUCAAGGAGGUAAUAGUCCUCUUAUACCUAUUAAUGAUCUUCAGAAUCUUGCUCGUUCGUUUAGCAAUGACAAAAACUCUAAUUGUGAAGAAACUGGGAUAGAUGAUGAUCUAGAAGUUCAAAAUGUUAAAACCUUAGAUAACAGAGGAGAUGAAACUGAGAGUGACGAUGAUGCUGAUUGUGAGCAAACUGAAGAUGAUAAUCAUAGUAACUGUUCUAAAGAAAGUUUUCCAGAAAAUUUAACUGAUAAUGAGCGGAGAUUUCAGGGUUUGUUGCGUAAGCAAAGAUUAGAGUUGAACUAUUUACUUAAAGAGAGAGAGCGUUUAUUAGAAACUCACAGAAAUCUUGAUCCAAUUUCUGAUCUAUCUCAACUCAAUAAUAAUAGCAGAAAUGGAUCUUAUCCCAGUCUUACCAAAGAAAAACUUAAACAGCAAGAUAAAGUCAAGUCAAAUGAUGGUAUAUCUACAGAGCCACAAUAUGGCUCUGAGAAAGCCUACUCAAUGCAAAGUAAAUCAUACAGCGAAGAAAACAACACUCACCCUCUUUCUAACCCUAUUGCUGUUAGUGAAAUAAGAAGACAACGAGAGCUGUAUGAACUACAGAAAAAACAAAAGUUUGUUGAAAAGCAACAAAGGAAAAAAAAAACUCAACUAGAAGAGAUUCAGUCUGAUGAUAGGGGAACUUAUUCUGUUCACAGUGAUGAAGGUGUUGGUGUAAGUGCAUAUAGUGCAGAUGUGACAACUGCAGCAACCUGGGGAGGUUCCACAGCACAAAGUUCCAAUGAGGAGGACUCAGCUGUAGAGGAUGAUUAUGGAGCUACUGAAGAAUGUAUAGAAAAUGAUGAAGAAUUUAGUAAUCAUUCUAAUGAAAGAGAACAAAGAGAAAAAGAGCCAGCAAUAAACAAUUUAAAUGAUCAACCAAGGCGUGGGAUUACCUGGCAUCAGAAUUAUGUUACUCCAAACAGCAUUAGAAACUCUCUCAAACAUUCAAGUGAAACUCAAAAUCUCGGAACAGCAAUAACUAGAACACAAAGUGCAUCAACGCCUCAGUCAAGGAAACUGAGACAAGGAAAUCUUACACCAGCACACAAACUAGUUUCAGAUUGCAAAAUAAAAAAUUCGCUUUAUCCAAACAAUAACAAUCAACAAUUGGUUACUCAGUCACCUUCUACUGAAAUGCUUCAUACACAACUAGCAAGCAUGUGUAAUUCUUUAUUACGAAAUGAACAAACUCUUCUUUCUAUGUUGCAAAGUCAGUUUUUAAAACCUAUACCAGCUGCUGAGCCUGUUGUUAGUUCAGAUAUAUUGAUGUCGUUAAAGGAAUAUUUUGAGACUACCAAUUAUAAUGAGAAUUUUGCAGCGACAUUAAAUACACUUCAAACUUGUUUUGAGAGGGUCCAGCAACAUCAGGCUGACAUGGAUUAUAUUCAUCAACAAUUUUCUCAGUUAAUUGCUCCAUCUGCUCAGUUAACAGAUUAUCGUUCUCCUUGGCUUAAGCCUCCAUCGCUACACUUAAGUUCUUUCGGUGAAAAUGACAAUUCUGCAGUUAAGAGUGAGCAUGUAUUGAAUAACCCUAAAGAAACACAAACUGUUAGUUCAGAAAAUAAAGGCACAAACGUGCAACCAUUUAAUUUGUUUGAUGAAAAAUUGAUAGAUCGAUGUCUUACACCAAACAAUGAGGAAAGAACACGAUUAACUAAUGCUAAAGAAAGUUUUGGAUUAGCUUGUUCAAUAGAUAAUAAAAAUUCUUUUAUGACAGAACAACAAGGUUUAAAUCACAAUCAAAGUCUUCCAUUCCCCUAUCAGUUGCGUAUGUCAGAGUAUAAUCCACUUUCAUAUCAAGGUAAUUUUGCAAAUACACACACUGGUAAUGUAAUGACAAUGUCUCGAAUGUCAAUGAAUAACCAACAUGCUGAAACCAAUAUUAGUGAGCACCAUGAAAAAACAAUAUGGCCAUCUUUUUUUAAAAUCGAAGAUCCAGCUAUGGGAGGCAAUGAUUCAGAGCUGGAAAAAAAUAAAGACAUAACACCAAUGACAGCUAAUGCACCAGAAUCAACAGGUGCCGUUAACUUUUCAUUGUUUGAGUCAAUGCGAGAUUUGAUAUAUUCAGAAGUCGCAACAUUGAUAGCUAUGAAUGAAUCUCGUCCACAUUAUCUUCUUGAACUCUUUAGAGAACUUCAGCUACUGAAUUCAGAUUAUUUACGCCAAAGAGGUCUUUAUUCGCUACAAGAACUUGUUACUAAGUUUUUGACUGAUUCAAACACAGAUUCAUCACCUGCGAAAUCUGCAUUUGUUCAGGAAACUGUUUCAAAUCAGCAAGUAUAUGAUAAUUGGGUAGAGAGUGCACAAACCCCUAGUGAAAGUGGUACAACAACAGAGGAUGAAGGAGAAAGACAUGCUUUGCAAUCACUUGCAAAACAAAUGGAAAAUAACGAAAUGUAUGACUAUGCUGAAAUUGUUGAACAACAAUCUGAUGGGAAUUUCUCUACACCACGCAGUUCGAUUGUUGACUUACCUUUUGCAUCAGAAGACCUUGGAACAACAGUCAUAAAUUUAGAUGAAGCAUUACAAAAGAUGAAAUUAUAUGAGUUGAAGAUGGCUGAAACCCAGAAGGUGUUUGAGCAGGCUUCUAAUAACUUGUCUGAGUUUAUACCAUAUACAAAGCAAUCUCAAAAACAGUGUUUUAAUGAUGCACAAAACAGCAAUCUCUCAAGUGAAAUCUCUUUUGAUUGCCACAAUUCCACACUUGAUGCACCCUUGCUUAAUCAAACGGUUAAAUCUCUUAUGAUGGAGCUGGUACCAUUUUUAAAUGAGCACAUAGGCGAAAUUUGCACACAUGAUCUAUUAGAUGCUAUUCGGUGCAAAAUUGUGCAUUUAGCUCACCAAAAUGAACUUCAAGUUCUAAAUAAGCCUGAGAGUGAACAAUUUCAUCGGUUUUUUCAUAACCAACUCGAGUCUGUACUUAAGGACUCGCUUUCUAAUUUUAGUUCAAGAAAAUUAAAAGACUGUGGUGAAGACAUAUUGAUUGUUGUUUCUGAAAUUCUUUUUAAUGAAUUAGCUUUUUUUAGGCUGAUGAAUAAUUUAGAUAGUCAUCCAAAUAAUAAGGCAGAAGUUGUAAACAAUAUGCAAGCUUCAAAAUCCAGUAGUAAUUCUUCUAGUAAUUUUGUUAUUGUUGAUUCCUCUGAACUAACUGAUGAAGAAAAUGAGUCCUUAAGAAACUUUGUUAAAGUAGAGCUUGCUGUCAGUGAGAUCCAUCCAACUCAAAGUGAUCGGGAUGAUUCUGAAAAUGAAAUGUCUUGUGCAAGGACUGCAGUUCCCAUAACAUCACUGAAUUAUUAUUCACAAGAUGUGAAUGGUACUCACUUCAAUACAAAAGAUGUGAAUGGUACUCACUUCAACACCAAAGAUGUGAAUGGUACUCACUUCAACACAUCUGAGAGCAGUUUAAAUAAUGUGCUUCAUGACAAUAGACUAGAAACUUAUACUGAGUCUGAACAACAUGAACAACAUGGUGGAUUAAUGAUAGAGAAUGAAAAUGCAGAGGAUGAAAGAGACCUUGAGCAAAUUGAAGAAAGAAAUAUGAAUGAAAGUAAUCAGAGUGUUGAAUUGGAGGAUGAUAUGGUACGAGAAGAUGAUUUACCUGAGGCUGAUAUGGCAGUUGAAAGUUCAGCCAUAGCUCAAGCUUUACUUACACACUUAAGUGGAACACAAGAACUUGCUGGAGAAGAAAAUUACGUUCCAUCAGUUCAUGGUAUUUUACAUGGUUGAUCAUCAUUACUGUUUAUAUGUUUAAAAAUCAAGAUCUGCAUUAUGAAGUUUGGAAACCAUCGAAUAGAAACACGAGCAAAAAUCUUUAAACAUGUUUGUCUUAGCGUUUAAGUUCGCAAACAAUUUAUCGCAAAGAUAAAUUGUUUGCAUUUUUAACAAUUAAUGUUAGUUUACUUUAGCGUUCUGUUUUUGCGUGUUAUGAAUUUCUUGUUUAUAAUUUUUAAACGCUUAAGAAACAUUAAUGUUAAAUAUAUAUGAAAAAGUUUA